CAGGCUCAGUGGCUCACACCUGUAAUCCCAGCACUUUGGGAGGCCCGGGAAGAUCACAGGGUCAGGAGUUUGAGACCAGCCUGGCCAACAUAGUGAGACCCUGUCUCUACUAAAAAUACAAAAAUUAUCUGGGUGUGGUGGCGGGCACCUGUGUUCCUGGCUAAUUGGGAGACUGAGGCAGGAGAAUCGCUUGAACCUGGAAGGCGGAGGUUGCAGUGAACCAAGACCGUGCUAUUGCACUCCAGGCCUACAGAGAGAUACUCUGUCCCACGCCCCCUGCCCCCCGCAAAGAAAAAAGAAAAGAAAAAGAAAAAAUCCCACUAGAUGAAAUAGAUACAACUUCUGUGCAAUUUGCCUUAGUCUAUUUAGGCUGCUGUAACAAAAUUACUAUAAACUAGGUAGCUUGCAAACAAAGAAACUUAUUUCUCAUGGUUCUGGAGGCUGGAGAGUCCAAGGUCCAGCCACUGGCGGAUCUGAUGCCUGGAGGACCUGCCUCCUGGUUCUGCCCUGGGAGCAGGCGGUCUAGUCUCCCUUGGUUGUCUUUUAUGAGAGUACUGAUCCUGUUCAUGAGGGCUCCUCCCUUUUGAUCCUGUCACCUUCUAAAAACCCUACCUCCUAACACCAUCAAGUUGGGGAUUAGGUUUCAACAUGAACUUGGAGGGGCCACAAACGUUCAGACAAUCGUCCAGUUUGUAAUAGGAUUUCUCUUUCCUUGCAUCUUCCCAUGUUCAGAAGCGUGGGAAUAGCUUUCCGCCAGGCAUUUUGCCUGCUUGGCCUCAGACUUUUCAUUGCUGUACCUAGAUAGUCUAGUUGUUCGGUGUGUGUGGGAAGACAGGACCUAGGGGGUGCAGAGGGAAGGACUGGCUUUCCGGAUGUGCACAUCAGGGGUGGGAGGCAGGGUCUGGCUCUGUUACCCAGGCUGGAAUGCAGCGGAGCAAUCUCAGCUCAGCGCAACCUCCGCCUCCCGGGCUCAAGCCAUCUGUCCACCUCAGCCUCCCAAGUAGCUGGGACUACAUACACACCUCAUUACACCAAGCUAAUUUUUGUAUUUUUGGUAGAGAUGGAGUUUCACCAUGUUGCCCAGGCUUGUCUCAAACUCCUGGGCUCAAGUGAUCCACCCACCUCGGCUUCCCAAAGUGCUAGAAUUAUAGGCAUGAGUCACCAUGCCGAGCAUGGAUGGCCACAUUUUUUAAUGGACUACUAUUUUAUAGAAAAGUCCAAGUUUUUUUCUGCUUCUCACUCUCCAGAACUUCCUAACUUUCUUGCCGAUGGUUUCUGAGGCUGGGUAUCAAUGAGGUGGUCGUGGUGCAGCAUGUUCUGACCAGAUCAAGCUGAGAAGUGUAACAAUUUUGGUAAUAAAAGUGCCAAACAAUUUUUCAUAUCAAUAGAAUCCCGGUUGAGUCAAUAGGCAGAUACUUAUUGAGAAAUCCUUCUCCACAGUCCCUUGUUGUUUCUACUAGGUUAACUUAUUUGAGAAAGAAGGCCUGCCAGGACACUAUAUGUGUGAGCCUUCUCCAUUGCAGAAAAAGCACUGAUUAUAAAUCUACUUGGGCUUAUGCAGAGGCCUGACACAGACAGGAGGAUGGUACAUCCCGUGAUUAACGCACCUCCUACCUUCGCCUUGCCAUUCAGUCCUGUUGGGAGGAUUGAGGGAGAUGGCACGGACGUUGAGGACUGAGCCAAAGCUGAGUCCUCAGACAACAAUAAAAACCAUUCCUGGAAUGGAGUGUCUUGUGUGCAAAGGCCUGGAAGUAUUGGUGAUUAUAAGGAUUUGAGGAUACUGCAAGCAGUUUAUGACUAAAGCAUAUGGAACUAGUGGGAGCAUGGUGGGAGAGGAAGCUCUGAGGAGGUCUUUCCUGAAGGACCUCAAAUGCCAUGGGGAGUAAUCUCAGGUUUUCACCUUGCAGUCAGUAGGAUGCUAUUCAAGAAUUUGAGGUGGGCACAGUGGCUCACGCCUGUAACCCCAGCACUUUGGGAUGCUGAGGCCGGCAGAUCGCCUGAGCUCAGGAGUUUGAGACCAGCCUGGGCAACACAGUGAAACUCUGUCUCUACUAAAAUACAAAAAAAUUAUCCGGGCAUGGCGAUGUGCGCCUGUAAUCCCAGCUGCUCGGGAGGCUGAGACGGGAGAAUCGCUUGAACCUGGGAGGCGGAGGUUGUAGUGAGCCAAGAUCGUGCCAUUGCACUCCAGUCUAGGCAACAGAGUGAUUCUCCUCUCAAAAAAAAAAAAAAAGAAGAAGAAUUUGAUACAGGAGACACAUGUUUACAAUCUGGCUAGAUGGUAAGAUACCGAAAAAUAAAAAAUAAAAACCCCAAUGUCAUCCAAGAAGUGUCUGAAGACAAUGCAUGAUUCACUGUUAAAUGGCUGGGCGCUGAUGAGUGACAGUCACAGAGAAGAAAAAUUGCUGUGAACUGAAGCUAUCAGGGACGUCUUCCUGAAGGAUGGAAGACUAACAUGGCACCUUGAAGAACAGAUGGAAGAAAGGGAGACGCUUCACUGAUGCCGUAGUAUGGGAUUUCUGUUGCUCACAGAUAAAGGCUAACGGAAAAACAUGGACCAUGCUUAUCUUCCUGGCCACACUGCAGUAGAUAUUGCCACCUCCUCCCAUGAGAGGAGACGUGAGUGGGCGUGGUCUAAGGGAGAGUCGCAGUGAUGUGGCUGUUUCCAGAGAAAGGCCUUCAGGAUAGGAUGAUGAACGGACAAGGCACCGGAGGCAAUGUUGGCUCAUCCCAGCUUGGGGACAAGUGUUAGAUGCUCCAGAGUUUCAGAGUAUUGACUUAUUGAAUCCAUUGUACUCUCUGAAGGGGUGUCUAGAACCUACUCAGUGCAAGCACUGAGCUACAUCUUGGCCAGAUCUUGGUGUCUCAUGCGGGCACCUAAUUUGCCUGCCAUAUUGGCUUCUCUAUUCUGAAGGACCUUUUCCCAGAGGGAGUGAAAAUGUGUGUAUUUUUCUGGGGCUUUGUUGAUUCAUGGAUGCUCCUUGAUGCUGUUAGGCCUGAUGAGUGCCAUGGAUUCUUCUAAGAAAUCAGAACCCUUGGCCAUUAGCAUGAAUUGUAUUCCUGGGGAUGAAUUUGCUCUAGAACAAGUAUUUAGCUUUGCCGGAAGUUAUUCCUGCCCUUUCUAGGCCUAACCAUACGAGAAGGUGUGAAUUUUUGCUUUCCCAUAAGAGGAAAAGCAAUAACAAAAGGAACCCAGUCUGAGCCCAGAACAAAUCAGCUCCAAGCAAAAGGAAUUUUACCAAUUCAUGGGACUCUGCCAACAUUGCCAACAGUGGUGGGAAGUCAGUUGAUUAACUCAGCUAGUAAAUAUUCUACAAUGCAAUAGGUGCUGUCCUGGGGAUACAGAGGUGAACAAAAGAAGCGUGGUACCUGUCCUCCUGAAAUUUACAGGUGGUGGGGGAAAGGCAAGUCAACAGAUGUUUUUGCUUAUGUGCGCUAUUAUCCUAACGAGCCCCGGUCUGAGCUUUGGAUGAGGUUCAGCUGCUGUAGCGUGCUAGCUGGGUGACUGAAUUCUUCUGAGAUAAUUUUUUAAACGAUAAAAUGUGGCCAAAGCACAGGAAAAGCAAAGAGCCUCGUAGUUUAGCAUAACUGAGCAGCACAAGCUAGAUUUGAAGCGUCUUGGAAGAAAGGGUCCCUGCAUUUGAAGAACUUUGAUUAUACUCUUCAAGCUAAAGCUGUGCAUCUUACACUGCCUUGAUGAGCAAAGAACUCUCCUUUCCACCUGUUCAGAUUUGACAGCACCACGCCACAUGAUUUAGUCUGGACUUAGCAAACACCCACCGAUGACCGUGUUGCCGUGACCACGGAGCGCUCAUCAGCAUUGCCCCUCUCGUUCGUCUUUGUCUAGGCAGGAUUCUCCUUUACUCUGAUUGGAAUCGCAGCUGUUUUGACUCAGGUUGGAGGUGCAUGGACGCCGGCACAGUGCCUGCCUCCCCUGGGUCAGCUCUUACUAUCAUUUCAUUCCACAAGCAACACAACUCCUCUCAGUUUAAAAGGAAAAGAGGGAGAGUCAUAAUUGAACAUAGCAGUCCUCGGUGCUUGCUGAAAUGCUAAAUGAGGGGCCUAUGUUUUUAAGAGCACUUUCUAGGGGAAAUUCUGAAAUUGCAAGCUGCAGCCCUUUCUCUCUUCGUGCUCUGUUUGGCUGAUUUCCAAAGCAUUGAGGCCAGCAAUUGAAGGACUGAAAUGUAAUCGGUGGUGAUACGUUUAUGCCACAUGAAACAUUCUCUGCCUCCAAAGGCUCCAGAGGCUGUGGGAAGCAGCACAUCAGCGACAGCUCCUGGCUGCUGGACUCUGCAGGGAGGGAAGGAAGAUUGGUCGCAAUGUCCCAGCAGAAGUGCAUCGUGAUCUUUGCCCUGGUGUGCUGCUUUGCCAUUCUGGUUGCACUGAUCUUUUCAGCUGUGGACAUCAUGGGAGAGGAUGAGGAUGGACUCUCAGAAAAAAAUUGCCAAAAUAAAUGUCGAAUUGCCCUGGUGGAAAAUAUUCCUGAAGGCCUUAACUAUUCAGAAAAUGCACCAUUUCACUUAUCACUUUUCCAAGGCUGGAUGAAUUUACUCAACAUGGCCAAAAAGUCUGUUGACAUAGUGUCUUCCCAUUGGGAUCUCAACCACACUCAUCCAUCAGCAUGUCAGGGUCAACGUCUUUUUGAAAAGUUGCUCCAACUGACUUCACAAAAUAUUGAAAUCAAGCUAGUGAGUGAUGUAACAGCUGAUUCAAAGGUAUUAGAAGCCUUGAAAUUAAAGGGAGCCGAGGUGACGUACAUGAACAUGACCGCUUACAACAAAGGCCGGCUGCAGUCCUCCUUCUGGAUCGUGGACAAACAACACGUAUAUAUCGGCAGUGCAGGUUUGGACUGGCAAUCCCUGGGACAGAUGAAAGAACUCGGUCUCAUCUUCUACAACUGCAGCUGCCUGGUCCUCGAUUUACAAAGGAUAUUUGCUCUAUAUAGUUCAUUAAAAUUCAAAAGCAGAGUGCCUCAAACCUGGUCCAAAAGACUCUAUGGAGUCUACGACAAUGAAAAGAAAUUGCAACUUCAGUUGAAUGAAACCAAAUCUCAAGCAUUUGUGUCGAAUUCUCCAAAACUCUUUUGCCCUAAAAACAGAAGUUUUGACAUAGAUGCCAUCUACAGUGUUAUAGAUGACGCCAAGCAGUAUGUGUACAUUGCUGUCACGGACUACCUGCCUAUCUCCAGCACAAGCACCAAAAGGACUUACUGGCCGGACUUGGAUGGAAAAAUAAGAGAAGCAUUAGUUUUACGAAGCGUUAGAGUUCGACUCCUUAUAAGCUUCUGGAAGGAAACGGAUCCCCUUACGUUUAACUUUAUUUCAUCUCUUAAAGCGAUUUGCACUGAAGUAGCCAACUGCAGUUUGAAAGUUAAAUUUUUUGAUCUGGAAAGAGAAAAUGCUUGUGCCACAAAAGAACAAAAGAACCACACGUUUCCUAGGUUAAAUCGAAACAAGUACAUGGUGACAGAUGGAGCAGCUUAUAUCGGAAAUUUUGAUUGGGUAGGGAAUGAUUUCACCCAGAAUGCUGGCACGGGCCUCGUUAUCAACCAGGCAGAUGUGAGGAACAACAGAAGCAUCAUUAAGCAACUUAAAGACGUGUUUGAAAGGGACUGGUAUUCACCGUAUGCCAAAACCUUACAGCCAACCAAGCAGCCGAACUGCUCGAGUCUGUUCAAACUCAAACCCCCCUCCAACAAAACUGCCACAGACAAUGCAGGUGGGAAGGAAGCCUGGAGCGUAUAACGGGAACGAACAAACUGAUAGGACAGCUCGGCGUUUCUUAUUUAUACAUAAAGGACUUGAGGAGAGAAAACACUUUAAUAUGUCUUUUUUUAGGGAAAAAGCACACUUAUAAAACAUAUUCUCUGAAUGACACAUAAUACCUAUCUAACAAUAUCUAGCGUCGUGUACACUAAAAUUAAGACUUUUGUAUUUAUUACCUCUGACAGAGAAUGUCAUUCUGGCGUAGAAGUUAGUUUUUACGUUUGCAUACAGAUUUUAAGACUUUGAUUCCUGUUCCUUUCUAGUUUUAGAACUUUUUCUGCUGACCCACCUGGUCAGUUGCUAGGAAGCCUAGCAUGAGGUGAGCUCUUUAAGACCGUUCUGAGGACCGCUGAUUUAGAGAGGAAGAUGACGAUGUUGCCUUGGAGAAGAGAUUGAUAAAGCCAAGUGCUUACCCUGCAAAUCAUCUCCAGGACCUACACAGUCAGCUAAGCAUGAACAGCUUACACCUCAUGCCAGCCUUCAACACCCUUGAAGGAGAUCCUUUUCGGUCUUGCUUAUUUUCCUCUUACACCAUAGGUUUUAUUUGGUAUCAUCUCUUCUCACAAAAUGUUCCUACUAUAUAGCAUUUUCUGUAUUCACCUCAACAUUACUUCUAACUCUGAUAAUAUCUUUUGAAAACAUACGAAUUUCUCAGAAUGGAUACAAAGUGGCGAGAGCAGUCUUUCAUUUUCACCUUUCAACCACAUCUCUUUUUCCCUACAGAAUUGGUAUUUUAAAAGAACUGCAGUCAGCAAUUUCUCUCAAGCUCAGAAAAAUUAUGUAGCCUUUCUCUCGAGCUCAGAAAAAUUAUGUAGCCACCUGCUAAUAUCCAGCAAGCUAUCAGGCCUGCAUUUUGAGAAUAAAGUAGUUUUUCACAUUCUUGUUUACUUUAUGGUAUUAUAAAGGAAUGAUCUCUAUGCGCCAGUGGAUUUUAAUUUCCUUAGAAUCAUUAUGCUGUUGAGUAUGCCAGCAAACGUUUAUAGAGCUAUUUAAUAUACCUGCUAUUUAAUAUACCAAAUGCUUUUCAGAGAAAUGCAAUUUAAAUACUGUGCUUAACAUAUUUUACUAAGAAACAAAUACUUAAUUAUUGUUCUAUAA